AUGGGAUUCAAGAAGUGCGAAUCGGACCACUGCAUCUACAUCAAGCGAGACGACCAAGACAUGAUUCUCGUGGUGCUCUACGUCGAUGAUCUCAUCCUGGCCAGCAGCAACAACGAACUCCUCAAGUCAACCAAGAUGGCGCUGAGCAAACGCUUUGAAAUGACGGAUCUCGGUGAGCUCGAUUACUUUCUCGGCAUGGAGAUCAAGAACGACCGUAAGACGGGAAUGGUGACUGUACAACAAACCAAGUUCCUCAAGUCCGUGUUAACCAAGUUCGGAAUGGAUAACAGCAAGCCAGUGAAGACGCCUCAAGAUCCCGGCCUGAAGCUAACCAAGAACAUGUGUGAACAAGAAUGCAAGCACGAAGACACCAUGUGCAACGUGCCAUAUCGAAGUGCUGUCGGAGGCAUCAUGUAUCUCAUGGUCGCCACACGUCCGGAUCUAGCUGCUGCAGUGGGAUCAUUAUCCCAGUUCUCGUCCGACCCAUGCCCGACUCACUGGCAAGCUUUGAAGCGUGUGCUGAGAUACCUGCAAGCAACGCCCAAUCAUGGUCUUGAGUUUACACGUGAAGAAGGAAGCCGUAUCUGCGGGUACACCGACGCAGACUGGGCCGGCGACAUUGAGUCAAGACGAAGUACAAGCGGCUAUGUGUUCAUGAUGAGCGGAGGAUGCAUCAGCUGGAAAAGCCAGAAACAACGGACGGUCGCGCUAUCUUCAACAGAAGCAGAAUACAUGGCGCUUUCCGAAGCAACCAAAGAAGCAGUAUGGCUCAAAGUGCUUUUGGGGGAACUUGGUGAGAUGACAAGCGACGAAGCGAUCAAGAUGUAUGAAGACAACCAAGGAUCAAUCGCUCUCGCCAAGAACCCGGAGUUCCAUAAGAGAACAAAACACAUCGACAUACGCUACCAUUUUGUGCGUGAGAAGGUGGAAUCAGGUGAAGUCGUUUUGGAGUAUUGCCCGACUCAAGAUAUGCUGGCAGACAUGAUGACCAAGCCGAUCGCCGCUGUACAAUUUGAAAACAUUCGCGAUCGACUUGGGAUCCAAGGUGCCGCAGCUAACGAGUCGAGAGGGAGUGUUGAAAAGACAGCGGCUGUGAAGAAGACACCUCGUCAAGCUGCGUCAAGUGUUGAAGCAAGUGGAAGACCAAGCUUCGCUAUACCGGUGGGUACCGGUAUGUACCAGUAA